UGCGGCUCUCCACGCACCCUUCCUCAACCCCCUCUCCGGGGUCCCGGCUCCGGAGCCCUCCUGGUAGCCCCACGCUUCGCAAACUUUCGGAGUUUUCCUCCACUUGCGUCACGGAAAAGGCAGGAGGGUGACGGAGUCCAGGAGGCGAGGCGGCGGCAGCUGGCGAGCUCCCCCGCGCGGCGCUCAGGCCCCUCCGGGCGAGAGGUGUCUCCCCGCGAGGACAGACGGAUUCGGGGGUGCGGCCGCCCUAGGAACUGAUCCUGGAGGCCCGCAGCCCCCUAGUUCCAGGGUCGUCUCCUCCCUCAUGCAUUCCAAUCUCAGCUCAAGCGAGUGACGGCGAAGGCCAGAAGGAAAGAAACCAGGAAUAGGCGGGAGGGCGGAGCCGGCCGUCCCUGCCCAGCCGGGAUACACGGAAGUGCUGUGGAGUUUGCCCAAUUCCCCAGCCUGAUUCUCCUCCCUCCCUCCUUCUCCCCACCCCUCACCUCCCCCCUCGGCUAUUCCCUCCUUCCUCGGGACGCCACCUCCCGGAAUCGCCUUUUUUUGUUUUGGAGCUGGUUUCUCGCUGGCUGCGCAGAGGGGCUGCGAGUGCUGGAGGAGGAGGCGGGCUGGGGGCGCAGCCUGCCGCCCACCGGCCAGACCCCGCGGGGCCGAGAGGAGGACGGACGGACAGACGGCCGGGCGCACCAUCUGCUCGCGGGAGCUCACUCUCCAAACUCCUGUUGACUGUGUGCGUGCACGCCAGGGGUGGGGUCCCGCGCACCGAGACUGGUUACCGCGGGGGUUACCUUGGAACGGGGGUCCUUGGACUCAGAUCAGGGUCAGCUUCAGGCUUAGAAACUGCUGAGGAAUUAGACAAACAAAAGAGGCCACUCAGCUAGUAGCCAAAAGUCGCCUGAGCGGCUCGUCGCGCCCUCUCCUUCACCAGGGUGGGGGUUGGCCACUUGGGAGGCGGGGAGAGGGCGCCCGAACCGGCCCAGGGCCGGCCUGGGCCGCUGGGGUUGAAGAAUUGGCUGCUCGUUGUGUAAGCCUCAGUCCUUGUUUUCCUGGCCUGGCUUGUUGUGAAGCCGGACACAUCCACUCUUGGACUGGAUUCAGAAGGCUGCUGCUUUUCUCCUUGCCCCCCUUGGAUUUUCUGGAUUUUUGAAAACCCAGUGGCCCAGGAGGAGGAGGAGGAAGGAGGAAAGAGCAGAUUUGCAGAGGAAUGUGAGAGCCUCCCAAGGCCUGAGGAGCCAGAAGGAGCUGGGAGCCAGAGCUGCUGGGGUUUCUGGAACGGUGGCUUCCGAGUGAUUCUCUUCUAUUUUAGAACAUUAUUCCAGUGGAAAGUGUCGAAUUUUUGCCCUCUCAGAGCUGGUUUCUCCGAGUCACUUGACUUUUCUUCUGGGAGUAGGGGGAGAGAGAGACUCCCCCGUGAGGAACUGCCAAGGGAAGGGAGGAAGACUAUGGACAUGAGCCCUCCCUGCUCACAUGUGUGUGCUAGGAGACCAGAAAGGGCAGUUUCUGGGCCAUGGACAUUGUUUUGAAGAGGAGGCUGGACAGCAUCAGUGGGUGCUGAGACCCCGCCUUAGGGGCUGAGACUGAGUUGCUGUGGCAGGCCGUGAGUUGUUAGUGCAUUCUUGGACACCCUAGUGAGUGUCCCCACUUCUGGGCAGGACCCUCUCCUCAUCUUUCUCUACCACUGGCCCAGCCAUGGCACUGAAAGGCCGAGCUCUCUAUGACUUCCGCAGCGAGAACAAGGAGGAAAUCAGCAUCCAGCAGGAUGAGGACCUGGUCAUCUUCAGUGAGACCUCGCUGGAUGGCUGGCUGCAGGGCCAGAACAGCCGUGGUGAAACAGGGCUCUUCCCCGCGUCUUAUGUGGAGAUCAUCCGUUCUGGCACCAGCUCCAACCAUGCCAACUACUCCAGCAGCCUUGCAGGUUCUCUGGGCACCCAGGCAAGCUUGUAUGACAGCUCCAGUGUGGCCAACACUUCCAGGAGUGGUGGGGGCAGUGGCUUCCUCUCAAACCAGGGCAGCUUUGAGGAAGAUGAUGAUGAUGACUGGGAUGACUGGGAUGAUGGAUGCACAGUGGUGGAGGAGCCACGGGCUGGUGGGCUGGGCACCAACGGGCACCCCCCACUCAACCUCUCCUACCCUGGUGCCUACCCAAGCCAGCACAUGGCCUUCCGGCCGAAGCCACCCCUGGAGCGGCAGGACAGCCUGGCGUCUGCCAAGCGAGGCAGUGUGGUGGGGCGCAAUCUCAACCGUUUCUCAUGCUUUGUGCGCUCUGGAGUGGAGGCCUUCAUCCUGGGUGAUGUGCCCAUGAUGGCCAAGAUUGCCGAGACAUACUCCAUUGAAAUGGGCCCUCGUGGGCCCCAGUGGAAGGCCAACCCCCACCCAUUCGCCUGCUCAGUGGAAGACCCCACCAAACAGACCAAAUUCAAGGGCAUCAAAAGCUACAUCUCCUAUAAGCUCACACCCACCCAUGCUGGCUCACCUGUCUACCGGCGCUACAAACACUUUGACUGGCUCUACAACCGCCUUCUGCACAAGUUCACUGUCAUCUCAGUGCCCCACCUGCCAGAGAAACAGGCCACAGGCCGCUUCGAGGAGGACUUCAUUGAGAAGCGGAAGCGGCGGCUCAUCCUCUGGAUGGACCACAUGACCAGCCACCCUGUGCUGUCCCAGUAUGAGGGCUUCCAGCAUUUCCUCAGCUGCCUGGAUGACAAGCAGUGGAAGAUGGGAAAACGCCGGGCAGAGAAGGAUGAGAUGGUGGGUGCCAGCUUCCUGCUCACCUUCCAGAUCCCCACAGAGCACCAGGACCUGCAGGAUGUGGAGGACCGUGUGGACACCUUCAAGGCCUUCAGCAAGAAGAUGGAUGACAGCGUCCUGCAACUCAGCACUGUAGCAUCGGAGCUGGUGCGCAAGCAUGUGGGGGGCUUCCGCAAGGAAUUCCAGAAGCUUGGCAGUGCCUUCCAGGCCAUCAGUCAUGCCUUCCAGAUGGACCCCCCCUUUAGCUCUGAAGCCCUCAACAGUGCCAUUUCUCACACGGGCCGUACCUAUGAAGCCGUUGGUGAGAUGUUCGCUGAGCAGCCCAAGAACGACCUCUUCCAGAUGCUUGACACACUGUCUCUCUACCAGGGCCUGCUCUCCAACUUCCCUGACAUCAUCCACCUGCAGAAAGGUGCCUUCGCCAAGGUGAAAGAGAGCCAACGCAUGAGUGACGAGGGCCGCAUGGCUCAGGACGAGGCAGAUGGCAUUCGCAGGCGCUGCCGCGUGGUGGGCUUUGCCCUGCAGGCCGAGAUGAACCACUUCCACCAGCGCCGCGAGCUCGACUUCAAGCACAUGAUGCAGAACUACCUGCGCCAGCAGAUCCUUUUCUACCAGCGGGUAGCGCAGCAGCUGGAGAAGACGCUGCGCAUGUAUGACAACCUCUGACUGCGUGUACCUGGCCCCUCCCCACCCCAGGCCUGGUUGCUGCAGUACACUUUGCUCUCCAGACCUCCUGUACCAGUAGUGGCUAGGGGAGUUGGAGGUGGGUUUUAGAGGAGUCAUGGGUACCCCUGGGGAAGUCCCCACCCCUUAGAGAUGGGGGCACAGCAGGGGUGAGAAUGGGGCCAGGAACCCUCCAGGCUGAGGCCUGGGCUGCUGGUCAGUCACUUGAGGCUAGGCCAGGGUCUUAGCCUCCCCUAGAGCCUAUAGCACUCACUCACCUGGCCACCCACCCUCAUUCAUUCAGCAGACACCAGGGCCUGCUGUGACCCCAGCUCAGAUGCCGAGCACCAGAGCUGCAGCACGCCUGCCCUCAGGGAGUCCCCAAUCAAGGUGAAGGUCAGACAUCAAAGAGCCAGGAGUUCCUGGAAGCUCACAGAAGGGACCACUCAUUCUGCCAGUCAGGGAAGACUCCAUGGACUAGGUGACAUUUGAGCAGUGUCUUGAAGAAUGACAAAGACUUGCCAGACAAUAAUGGGGACAAUAGAGGAGAGGACAUUUGAGAGAGAGGAAGAGUGUAGCAAAGGUGGAGGCAUGAAAAUACCCCUCUUCUCUCCCUUACCUUUCCCAAGCAAGUUUGGCCCCCCUCAGUGGGGAUUCUGGCCUAUGUGACAGAGGGGAGGGAUAUUCCUUGCUACCAUGUCCCUCUCCCUGCCCCACCUCCACCCCAUGCAGGAGAGGCUGCAGGCCAACUCCCUCCUUACUCCUCUCCACCUGUUGAGUCCCAUUGCCCCUUGGUUAGGGCACCAUGCAGCAUCUUUUCCCUGGGCUCAAGGUGCUGAGACAAGCUAUGGACCCCAGGACCCUGGUGGCACCUUCCUGGAGGGGACCCCAAAAAGUUACCAGAUAUUUGAGUUCACCAGCAAUAACUUCCCACAUUCUGAGCAGGCUUGGACCUCAGGCUCCCAGGAUCUCUGGCCCCUGUGAACCCCAGCAUCCUUCCUUUUGCACAGUGGGAAACCCAGGGGAAAAACACAGGGCCGGCCCGCCCACUGCCCCAGGGAUCCUGCGCCACCUGCCCACAGCCAGCCGCACUGUGAUGCCAGCCAGGUCCUGGUUGGGUUGUGCUGUCUCUCACCCACCCGUGUUUACAUCUUUGAGGGGGCCACUCCUUCCUCCCCUGCCAGGGCAUGAUCCAGCAGCGGGUUGGGGGAACUGACAGGUGCCACCACUGGCCCCCCCAGGAGGUCAUGGCUGCACCCACUACUGCUGCUUGAAUCUUUUUUCUUUCUUUCUUGUUUUCUUGAUAAAUCUUUUACAAUUAAGAUAA